AGGAAGCGUUACUAGACAAACCAGGCUCCAGCGCCUAUGCCCCUACCCGGGGCACAUUGCAUGCUGGGAGAUGUAGUCUGGAAGAGAUAGAGCGUGUUGACGUUGUCAGGCCGAUCAACGUAACACGUUCCUACUCCUGCACGUCCCCCUUCAAUUCCUACUCCCUUCUAAGCCUCCGUCCAGUUCUCCCUCUCCCUCUACCUCUGCUCAGCCUCCGAACCCGGAGAACUUUUUACGACACACGGGAUCCCAGAGUCCUCCCCGGCGCCGGCUCGCUUUUCGGCAGAGUGAUGUGGACGUCAACAGCAAUGGCGGAAGGAGAGGAGGCAUCGCCGCCGCCAACGUCGGAUAGCGACAGCUGGGAAAAAGAUCUUGGAGAAGCUUUGGAAACUGGAGGUUGUGAUCUUGAAACUUUGAGGAAUAUAAUUCAAGGGAGGCCACUGCCUGCUGAUUUGAGGGCAAAAGUUUGGAAGAUUGCUUUAAAUGUUGCAGGGAAAGGUGACAGUUUGGCAUCUUGGGAUGGUAAUUUGGAUCUGCUGGAACAGACUACAAUUCACAAGGAUUGCCAAGAACUCAUUGACCAGCUUUCAGUGCCAGAAGAAAAGACUGAUGUAUUACUCUUGAAUGUUGAAUGUAUUACAUUUUAUUGCAAGUCACGGAAUGUCAAAUACAGCACAUCCCUUGGCUGGAUUCAUUUGCUUAAGCCCCUGGUGAAUCUUCAUCUUACACGCAGCGAUUUAUACAACUGCUUUUAUGCUAUCAUGAAUAAGUACAUUCCCAGGGAUUGUUUUCUGAAGGGGAGACCAUUUCAUCUCUUUCGAUUGCUUAUCCAGUAUCAUGAACCUGAACUGUGUUCCUUUCUUGAUACAAAGAAGAUGACUCCAGACUCCUAUGCACUCAACUGGCUUGGAAGCCUUUUUGCAUGUUUCUGUUCAAUUGAAGUGACUCAGGCAAUAUGGGAUGGAUACCUACAGCAAGCAGAUCCAUUCUUUAUUUAUUUUUUAAUGUUAAUAAUCCUUGUCAAUGCAAAAGAUGUUAUUUUAGCACAAGAAUCUGACAAUAAAGAAGAAAUUAUUCAGUUCUUGGAAAAUACUCCAUCGAGUUUGAAUAUAGAAGAUAUUGAAGAUCUGUUUUCUCUGGCACAAUAUUAUUACAGUAAAACUCCAGCUUCAUUUAGAAAGGACAAUCAUAGUUUAUUUGGCAGUCCUUUGCUGGGAAUUAAGGAUGACGACACAGAUCUGAGUCAGGCUCUCUGUCUGGCCAUUUCAGUAUCAGAGAUUCUUCAAGCAAAUCAACAGCAAGGGGAAGGAGUUCGAUUCUUUGUGGUGGAUUGCAGGCCUGCGGAACAGUACAAUGCCGGGCAUUUAUCAACAGCUUUUCACUUAGAUUCAGAUUUGAUGCUUCAGAAUCCAUCAGAAUUUGCACAGUCAGUAAAGUAUUUGCUAGAAGCCCAGAAGCAGUCUAUUGAGUCUGGUUCAGUUGCGGGAGGGGAGCACCUCUGUUUCAUGGGAAGUGGCAGGGAAGAAGAAGACAUGUAUAUGAACAUGGUCCUUGCACACUUUUUACAGAAAAACAAAGAAUAUGUCAGCAUUGCCAGCGGAGGAUUUAUGGCACUCCAGCAGCACUUAGCAGACAUAAAUGUGGAUGGACCAGAAAACGGAUAUGGCCACUGGAUUGCUAGCACCUCAGGCUCCAGGAGUAGUAUAAAUUCCUCAGUUGAUGGCGAUUCUCCUAAUGGUUCAAAUGAUGGGCGAGGAAUGAAAUCAUUGGUAAACAAAAUGACUGUCGCUUUAAAGACAAAAUCUGUGAAUGUCAAGGAAAAAGUUAUCAGUUUUAUUGAGAAUACAUCAACUCCUGUAGACAGAAUGUCUUUCAAUCUUCCUUGGCCAGACAAAACAAGUACAGAGCGACAUGUGAGUAGCAGUGACAGAGUGGGCAAGCCCUACCGUGGUGUGAAGCCUGUAUUCAGCAUUGGGGAUGAAGAAGAAUAUGACACAGAUGAAAUUGAUAGUUCUUCAAUGUCAGAUGAUGAUCGAAAAGAGGUUGUGAAUAUUCAAACCUGGAUAAACAAGCCAGAUAUCAAGCAUCAUUUUCCUUGCAAUGAAGUAAAAGAAAAUGGACACAUGUUUCCUAGUCAUCUUUUGGUUACUGCAACACACAUGUACUGUUUAAGGGAAAUUCCUUCACGAAAAGGAUUGGCUUACAUACAGUCUCGGCAAGCACUAAAUUCUGUAGUUAAAAUCACAUCCAAGAAAAAACACCCUGAGCUAAUUACCUUCAAGUAUGGAAACAGCAGUACUUCAGGAAUAGAAAUUUUGGCAGUUGAAAGGUAUUUGAUUCCAAAUGCAGGGGAUGCUACCAAAGCCAUAAAACAACAGAUCAUGAAGGUUCUGGAUGCCUUGGAAAGCUAAUAGCAA